AUGGUUUCUCAUAAAAUCGGAAACUGAUACCGAAGUGUAGCCGGUGCAUUUAUGUCUCAGCAUAAAGAAUCCCAAUUCUUAGAAUCUGGAAAACUUACUCCUGAAGAAUUCCUAGUCGCAGGAGACCAGCUUGUUCACAGAUGUCCCACUUGGACUUGAAAUUCAAGCUCGCCCGGAUAUGAACAAAAGCAUUUGCCUAUUGACAAACAAUUUCUGAUCACAAGAGGAGUCCCAUGCAGAAAGCGCAUUAGCUCUAUAGGAGAAAACGAAAUUGAAGAAAAAGAAAUAGAAGAUGGCUGGGUUGUAGCUGAAACUCUCGGCCCAAAAGAAGAGCCAGAUGAAAUCAUCAUUUCAAAGCCCCAAAUUUCUAAUGAAGAAGAAGAAAUUCCUGACCUAGCCGAUCUUCAAGGACAAGAAUUAAUCGAUGAAAAUGCUGCAGAGCCUGCUGCUCUUUUUGGAAAUAAUUAUAUAUGUGCUGAAGAGCCAGUCGAAGCUAUAAUGAAAACUAGGGUUUAUGAUCUUUCUGUAACUUAUGAUACUUAUUAUCAGACCCCAAGAAUGUGGCUUACAGGGUAUGAUGAACACAUGAACCCAUUGGCCCCAGAAAUGAUGUUUGAAGAUAUCAUGGGGGACUAUGCACACAAAACGGUCACUAUAGACAGACAUCCUUGUGUAGGGAAUGACCAAGUUUCUAUUCACCCUUGCAAUCAUGCGAAAAUGAUGAAGCACUUUAUUGAUAUGCUGGAGUCAAAUGGGGCGCAGGCCCAAGUCCAUCAUGCAAUAUUCGUAUUUUUGAAGUUUUUAUCAUCUGUGGUUCCUACGAUAGAGUAUGAUUUUACUAUGGAUUUAAGCUUACUCCCCCCCCAUCUUGAUCGAACGAUUGACUAUAAAAAAUCCUAAAAAUUGGGAAAAUUAAACCCCAUCCUUGAUCGAACGAUUUUCAUAUCAUGACAAUUUUUAUAUAUAUAAAAAUAUAAUAGUAAUCAAAAGCUUGGGAAGAUGUACCUAAUGAAGUUGUUUCAGAGCUUUGAGACGACAGAAAGCUGCGGAAUCAACCAUCCGAAGUGAUUUAGCCAUCAACCUAGGCUUAAAAACUCAAUAAUCUAAUAAAAGAGAGAUUCUUUUAAAUUUUAAAAAAAAAAAAUUUAAUUCAAUAAGGAACAAAUUAAAAUUUAUACGGUUUAAAAGGGUAACUAAUAAAUCAAAAUAUUAAAAAUUGGUAUUUUAUGAAAUUAAUUCAAUUUUUUGCUGUAAAAAUAAUUAUUAAAUACUCUUUAACCCUCUUAUUUAAAAGUAAAUGAAAAAAAAUAUAUAUAUAUAUUUUUAUUUUUUAUAUAUAAAUUUUUUUUUUCCCAAAAAAUUUUUUUUUAAAAACCCCCAUCCUUGAUCGAACGAUGGCGAGUCGUUCGAUCAAGGAUGGGGGGGGAGUUAGAGUAA